AUGCGGGUCGUUACUUUGGCAGCUGCAACGCUUCUGUUUAGUGCAGCUGGAGCUAAGAAAGAUGAUGGCGGGUCCUCACAAUAUGACUUUAUCGUCGUGGGCGCAGGAACCGCCGGGCUUGCUGUUGCGAACAGGAUAUCAGAGAUGAAAGACUUCAAAGUGGCAAUUAUCGAGGCUGGCGAUUCCGUCCUCAACAAUUUCAACGUGUCGACCGUUUCGGGAUAUGGUCUGGCCUUUGGAACAGAAAUCGACUGGGCAUAUCAGACGAAGAAUCAGACAUACGCUGGAGGGUCUGCGCAGAUCGUACGGGCUGGAAAGGCAGUUGGUGGUACCAGCACAAUUAAUGGGAUGUCAUAUACUCGGGCGCAAAGCGAACAAAUCGAUGCCUUGGAACAAUUUGGAAACCAAGGCUGGAACUGGGAGUCCCUGCUCCCUUACUACAAGAAGUCGGAAAGAUUCCAGGUACCUAAUUCCGACCAGGUGUCUCGCGGUGCGGACUACUACAUCAAAUAUCACGGCGACGAAGGACCGGUGAAGGUUGGCUGGCCCAAGAGAUUGACACCCAGCGACGUGCUGCCGGUCCUCGACAAGACCUUCCACAAACUCAACAUAUCUUACAAUCGCGACGUGAAUGGGGGAAGCAUGGUCGGACUGACAUCCCAUCCUAAUACGGUUGACAGCGACGCAAAUGUCCGUCAAGAUUCCGCUAGAUCCUAUUACUGGCCCUAUGAAGAUCGCCCAAACCUGAAAUUGAUCACGAAUACUCGCGUGAACAGGAUCAUCUGGUCGAAUAAACCUAACGAGACUGUUGCAAUCGGCGUCGAAGUCACUGGCAUUGACCGUGUUUACACCAUCUACGCGGCAAAGGAGGUCAUACUCUCAGCCGGCUCGUUGAGGUCCCCCGGACUGCUGGAGUUGUCGGGUGUUGGGAACCCCGAUCUCCUCAAAAGUCUCAACAUUCCAGUAAUGGUGAAUCUUUCGUCCGUCGGAGAGAACUUACAGGAUCAAACCAACAACGCCCUUGCCUAUGCGGGGGCGGACGUGUGGUUUGGCUCGCCCACAUUCUCUGUUCUUCCUUCCGCAAAGCAGAUCUUCGGCAAGGAAGUUUCCACAAUUGCGAGCAUGGUCAGCGACAGGCUUGAAGAAUAUGCAAAGAACGUCUCGGAACUAUCCCAUGGAGCUGUGAAAGCGGACAAUGUCCUCGAGGCACUGAAGUUCCAGCAUGAGCUGAUCUACAAAUCCCAGGUCCCUUUUGCCGAAAUCGUUAUGCUGCCCAUCUCAAAUUCGUUCAGCAGUGAAUAUUGGACAUUGCUGCCGUUUUCGAGAGGCAGCAUCCAUAUUACGUCUGCCGAUGCCUCGGUCCCCGCGGAGAUCGACCCGCGAUAUUUCAUGUUCGAUUCGGAUCUCAGCGCUCAGGUUGCUGUGGCUAAGUUCAUUCGGAAGGCAUUCGGGACAACACCGUUGAACACUAUAGUGGGACUCGAGUUUGCACCAGGCUUGAAGACGAUCCCAAGUAAUGCUACUGAUGCCACGUGGCAAGGCUGGAUUGAACGUCAAUACCGCUCGAAUUUCCACCCGGUCGGCACAGCCAGUAUGCUGCCUCGCGAGAAGGGGGGGGUCGUGAAUUCCAAACUCCAGGUAUACGGAGCAAGGAAUGUUCGCGUGGUUGACGCCUCUAUUUUGCCCUUCCAGCUAUGUGGGCAUUUGACAAGUACACUAUACGCGGUGGCGGAGAAAGCGGCGGAUAUAAUCAAGAAGGAUUAUGCUAAUUGA